AUGAAGCCAUAUGCUUGUUUGGUUGCUGCCCUCGGGGCAUCAGUUUCCGCAGAACACGAAGCAUGGACGGUUACGACAGUUUACCACACCGUCACCACAUACUUGCCCUACGAGCAGCAUCGCUGCUCUGACCUCUUUCUUCUCAAGCCGGGCAACUCUCAACUUCCCGAAGCAGCAUGUCGCCCAGGAGCCUGCUGCGUGCAAGUUGUGGACAAUGACUAUAUUCAAGAGCUUAUUCCCAUUGAGGGCAAUGGGAAGACAGCUCCCACUGGGAAUCCUACAGUAUACAAGACAACGGCAUCGACUGAAACUAGAAAGCCGUCAAAAACGCCACACAAGUCUUCCCAUGGCGAAUGGACUCCCACUCAACCUCCUGUUUCUUGCACCGAGAACACUACCCCCAGGACUACACAUAGUACCGCUACGGGAACUGCAGAGACUUCUACAAGACAAGAAACUCAUGUGAGGUCAAUAUCCACAAAUGGGCUCAAGAGUUCCGGCAUACCCGCGUUUUCUGCUCAGCAUGUAUCCUCACGCCUGGGCUCGAGCAUAGCAACAUCACCGUCAGCGCAGCAGUCUACGCCAAGCGUGGCUGCCAAGUCCAACGCAACUUCAUCUUCCAAGGAACGGGGGAAUAUCUCAAAUGCAACGACCUCUUCCGAGUCAGCGUUGCCGAUGAAACCGUCAAGCACAAGGGCAUCUGAGAGCUCCCUUGAGCCCUCGUCCAGCUCGCCAACGUCACACGGCUUCAUGUCGUCUAGGAAACCGGCGUCAUCGCGGCUCAUGAGCCCCUCACAGAGACCUAGCUCUUCUGUAGCCGCCAGUUCAACCAAGGCAUCUUCAUUAGAGCCAGAGAUCACCCAGCUCAUCUCAGCAGCUCGGUUCACCGAGCCCUGCAUCAUCAAAGCUGGCGUUUUCCUCUUCAGGGCUUGCAAGCAAGCUGUCUUCCAGCAUGGGACCAUCUACUUCCUCCACGUCUUCUACGAUUUCCUCCGGGCUGCGCGCGUCAAGUCAUGUUUCAUCAAAGCCUGCAAGUAG